UGUACUAGGCAUUGAUGUUGCGUUGCCCUUGACUCCCUCUAUCUAAUUACUGUUUUUAAAAGUUAUUUGUGAAUAUUUUACUGAAAUUGUAUGUCUCCACAUUGCUUUCUUCCGUAUAUAUGUUUUAGACAGUGAAAUUUGUGGGUGUUAAACUGCUGUGUUCUUUAUUUUGUGUAGCGUCACCUGACUGAACUCAUUGUCAUUUCCCGCCAUUGUGGCCUGUGAAUUUAUUAUUACUAAGAUUUUCUGUGCGUGCCCCUCAAUAUUUAGAUGAAUAUUAAAUAAUUAGUGCACCUAAGUUAUGUCAUUACACGGUAAUGACGUUUGUUUGCUAGAAGUGGAAGACUAUAACUUAUACGAAGAAGAGGCAUCUGAUCACGCUUUGACCAGUGACAAGCAUCCAGGAUCAGGAAGAAAGACAAUGGAGGCUGAAAAGCGGAUUCGAAGAGAAAUUGCUAACAGCAAUGAACGUCGACGAAUGCAGAGUAUUAAUGCUGGCUUCCAAGCACUACGUACUCUGUUACCACGUCAUGAGGGAGAAAAGCUAAGCAAAGCUGCCAUACUACAGCAGACAGCUGAAUAUAUUUACAACUUGGAACAAGAAAAAACGAGACUUCUUUCUCAGAAUUGUCAAUUGAAGAGAUUGUUAAAUCAACACGAAGGAGGUGAAAUACCCCUGAAGAAGAGAAAAGGAGAUAUUAUCACUCAUGUGCCAGCCAUAAUUCCAGACUCUACUGAAGAUACUUUAACCACAUCCAGAUCACCUGAGCCAGUGGCUGUGAUAUCUGUGACAAGUGUUUCACAGAAAAAAGAAGUGGAAAGCAGUGAAUUACGAGUUCAGCUGGAUCGUGAACGGAGACUUCGACGGCACCUGGAAGAGCGUUUACAUUCACUUGAAGCUCAAAUUUACCCAAACAGUACCCACGAAUUAAGUCGUCCUGUAAUUCAUUUUGAACAAACUGACAUUGCAGAAUGUAAAUUGGAAAGUGAGGAAGUAGAGCCGCCCCCCGUUGAGCCCGCCGUUGUAGCAGCACCGUUACUAGAAGCCGCCAUAAAAGCAGAGCCACGUGUUGAAGUAGAAGUUCUUCCUGAUGCAACUCAUGAUGCACCAUCACGACUCUAUCUCGCGAGCACUAGUCGACAGAAUUUGGAAACUAUUGUGGAGGCCAUUCGUCACCUUGAGGGUGAUCAUUUGUUCCGCGAAGAAGCUGGUGAUGCACCUCUAGCUCUCACUAAGAAGGCAGAACAUCCACCACCUCCAAGACCUGGUGUAAUUGUUGUGAAGCAUUCGUGAUUGCAUUUUUCUUGUUUAGGACUUUAAGCUCGUAAUUUGCUUCAGCUUAGCGAGCACUCCUGACCCUCCUCGAAUAUAGUUUUAAAUUUUUAGUUAUUUAAAAUCUUUUCCAAAGUGACGAAUCGAUAAGUCUGCGUCUUUGUUUAUUUUUAUAACGCAUUGAAGUCGAAUCGAUAAGUGGUAUAGAAUUAGCUGGAUGCGUUGUCGCGUAUGCCGAACGGCGCUGUGCUUAGUUUAGUCUCAAAUGUAAUUAUAUUAAAUUUUAUGUUAAUUUGGCUGUAUGCAGCAUGUGUUGAUGGAAAGAGGAUUGACUGACUUGUGUAAGAUUAGAUGAUGAAGGAUUUAGUACACCAUGCCGCGUGCCAAUAUGAUUUAAUUUCAUAAGGCAAUAUUUUUAAAAUGGAAUGUAUAAUAGGAGUGAAAAUUUACUGCAUUAAAUAUAACUUUGGCUAUCCACUAAUUGGCAUAGUCAUAUAAAUGAUAAUGGAGGCUUACUAGUAAAGUACUAAAGGGUACUGGAUUGUUCUUUAUUGAAAACAUAUGGCUUAUGUAGAAAACCCUGCACUGAGCAUUUUACAGUAAAAAAAUUGAUCACUGUUAACUUUUCCAGCUUAAGGCAGAUUGCAGGGUAUGCAGCAGGCAUGCGGCGAUAAAAAGUUUUGACUUACUCAGUUAUUAAUUAAUUUAAUAUUAAAUCUCGAUACUAUUUUAAUUAAUGUAUGAAAAAGUCACAUGAUGUAAAUUUUGUAGGUGCAUAGUUAAAUAAUAAUGGUGUUUUGGAUUAGUCACUAAAUUUGACCCUCAUCAACAUUAUGUUGGUGUGCCAUUUGUAUUAGUAUACAUAAUAAAAUCCUUGCGACAGGAUACUCUGACUUCAAAAUAAUAGCAGAAAAUCACUUCGACAUUUAUAGAAUCUAUAAUUAUAAUAAUGUAUUGACAAAUAUUUAUCCAGUGUUGCUUCUUUUUUGUUCAUGUUAGAUAGAAUGCCCAGUGUAAUGCGUAUUUGAUAUGUGUCAUUAGUAAAUUAUAGGCGCUUUAUGCAGCCAACCCUAAAUUAUAGAUACAGAAAUUUUAGAGCAUUCCAUGUUGUUAAAUUCUCAUUGAAGAGAAUAUCUCAUGCAGAAUACUGCAUGAGAUAAUUUAUUGGAACACAAGUUAAUGAUGUAUUUAUUGUAUUCAAUUUAACUGAUAGUAUAAUUAUGUAUUGCUUCAUAUAAGCAUUCUUUAAUUGAAACUCUACUUUUAGGUCUUAAUCAGUUAGGAUUUAUAGAUAGAUAGUGUAGUUGACAACAAGUAACUCUGUUACUAAACACCCCAUUUUACAGAAUGUUUCAUUUAACAUUGUUUUUUUGAAAGAACAACAUGUAUCAUGUCAAAAGUGGGAUAAAAUAAUUAAUUCCUAAUAAUAUAAUCUAUAAACAGGCACUUGAUCUAAAUAUAUUUUGACACCGAUUUUCAAUCAAGUUAUUCAUAUUGGAAUUACUGUUAUUAUUCUUCUGUACCAAAUAGGUGACGAUAUAAUCUACCCUUGGGAUUUAAAAGAUUAAAGUGGACAAUCAUGUUUCACUUUUACUUUAUAAGAGUUAAGAUUCACAGUUUUUACAUUUUCUGUGACUUAGGUUAUAUAAUUCUAUACAGUGAUUAGUUAACAUUCGCUUUAAUGUGCUGACAUUUUUUUGUUAAAAAUGUGAAAUGCUGUGCUCUUUUGUUAAUAUUUUUCAUUUGUAAGUUUUGAAUGUAUUUUAAGUUUGACUCAGCAACAGAGUGGAUGAACAAGUACAACGCAUUACAGACUUCAUAAUGUUAUGGUCUUGUCUUGUCCAUGAAACCAUAUGAAUUUUUAAGACUGAUCAAUUCAAUAUUAAGUUAUGCUAGUUGAAAGUCACCAUAUUGAUAGAAUAAUGUGUGUGUGUGUGUGUUACGUUUAUGUAGCUAUUUAUAUGUAUGUAUGUUGUGAUAUUGUAGUCCAAAAUUGUAUUGUGAACCUGGUAAUUUUACAGAGAUCAACAAUACUGUUAACAUUAGCAAUAAAAUGUCAAUCAUACCUUAUGGUAGGUGCAUGUAGUCAAAUUUUAUGUGUAGAUAAGUUUUCCAUUAUGAAAAUUUAAAAUAUAUUUAUACACGAGAGAUCUCUCUAACUCUAUCAGGUUAUUAAGUGUUGUGGUGUGAUACAGCGUAUUCAGUGUAUGUAGUGUAUGUAUUUAAUAGGAUUCUAAUUACAUAGCACUCUGAACACAAACUCAGUUAAACUAGUUGAAAAAAAUCAUAAUUGUAUAAUAUAUUUAUGUGACAUUACCGAUGAUGAGCCUAAACACUUAAAUGUCUGUCUGGUAGAUAUAAUUAAAAUUUGCCAGUUUAUUAUUUUUUUGUGGAAUGUCAAACUUUCAAUGAUGAUAUACACAUGAUGUCACAUUUGAGUUACAUUUUGUACUCAAACUUAAGAUAGAGUAGAAAAAUACGUGUCUCAUAUUUUUUUUGAUGUCUGACGGACUAAUAUUUUAUUUAAAUGUCAUCUCUGUUUUUAAAGCAACAAAAAAAUUAUGUCUAAUUGUGAUUAGAGGAGCCUUUUUACACAGUUUUCGUUCUCGACGCUUAUUUCUCACUCUGUUUCUGAGUCCAUAGCUAUAAGGAGUUGUCUGCCUACCGCCUUUACAUUAUGUCAGUAUAGGAUAAUUAACAAUGUAACAUAACGGACUUGGUUAUACUAUUAGUGUAGUCAAAAAUAGUAAUAAGAGAUUUUAAGUCAAAGAAGCAAGUUGAAUUGUUUAAAAUGUGUUAUUAUUUAUGUCUUAAAGUAUUAAAAUGGUUAUUUCUUAUUAAUUAGUUUGUAAAUGAUGAUCGUCUGUAUAUUUAAUCGACCUCUUUUCUUUGUAUAUUUCUCUAAAAACCAAUAAAACAAAAUGUUUGAAACUUAAACGCUAUAUGUUUUUAUUAAUAUAUGCAUGCAUUUUUGUUCGAACUUUAAAAGACUGACAAUAUUUACUAAAUCAUCAAGACAGUCCUUUACUUAAAUGCACAAUAUGAAUACCUAGUGGUCUCUUAUAUUAUUAUAGUAAAUAGUAAUCUCUGAAAAGCAUUUUGAAUUAUCACUGUCAAACCAAUUUAAACUAGUUUCUAAUAAGGCAGUCUUACAAUGGUCACCUAAUUCUAGAUUUGAUUACGCAAAACUAAGAUUAGACACACUGUUGUCAGUAUCAUUGGCUUUUUAUAUAGAUAUAGUGAAACACUGAUGAGUAAAGUAUGAUCAACUUAUUGAUGAUUUAGGUGCACGUUGUGGGACACUGUUAGCUAUAAUUUCUACCAACUUGUAAGUAAUUAAUAUUGUUGCUAGUAAGUUAUAGUUGAUAUUGAUAUAAUAUUUUAUCAUUCUAAUAGACAGAAGAUGGUGAAUGUGGCAUGUUUUAUUGGUUUUUAGCAUGUUCAAUGUGAAUAUUUCUAUUUUCUACACUCUAUCGCAUUUUAUUGUAAUGGACUAAGUAGGUGUUAUUUUAAACAUUAUGCAAAAUGAAACAAUUGGAUUUCCACAAUUGUAAGUCAUUAUUAUUUUGACAAACAUAUAUGUUUAAAAUAAUUCAAGUAACUAUAAAACCUUAUAAUAACGUCGUUCAAUUAAGUCAUCUGGUAAAACAUUUUAUAAAAUAAAAUUAAGUCUGAAAUAAAAGUCGUACUUGAUUGCCACAGUUUCAAUUGCAUUUA